UUGCCCCAUUUACUUCAACCUUUUUUAGUCGCUUUUGCAGCCUCUUUCCCCUGGGACCUGGCCAUGGCCCGCGUUCGCAUUCGCCGCGGUGGCGAUGCUGGUUCUGCUUCCCCUGCUGCAGGCCCCCUUGAUGCUAAUGACCGUACUGAGCGUGUCGAUCGCUUUGGUGCUGCUGCGCUUUUUGGUGCUGCUGAGCGUUUCGGUACUGCUGAUCGUUUCGGUGCUGCUGAUCGUUUCGGUGCUGCUGCGCGUGCUGGCGCUGCUUCCUCUGCUGCAGCUCUUGCUGGUGCUGGUGGCCGUGCUGCGCGCGCUGAGCGUCUUGGUGAUGCUGAGCGUGCUGGUGGUUCCGAAUUCUCCGGUUCUGUAGCCCUUUUCCUCUUCGUCCCUUUCGCUUUUCCCUUCUUCGCUGGUUCCACUUGUACUGGCGCCGUCUUGGGUAGCGGAGGCGGAGCCCUAGGUAUCUGCUCAAGCUGACCUGGAGCCAGAGCAGCAUGCAAACUGGUUGGGCUCACUCCGCCCCAAUUUCUCAUCCGGUGAAGUAUAUCUUGAGGGUAAUAUUCGUCGUAGUGAUCAUGCAUGUAUUGCGUGCUGUCAUUUACCUUGGAAAUUAUUCUUGGAAUGAUUGGUCCCUGAGCAGAUGGUCCCUGAACUGGCGGUCCUUGAGCAGGUGGUCCCUGAACAGGUGGUCCCUGAACAGGUGGUCCCUGAACAGGUGGUCCCUGAACAGGUGGUCCCUGAACAGGUGGUCCCUGAACA